AUGAGGAUCAUUCUAGUACUGCUACUGAUUGUGACCGUCAGUGGGAGUCGAGCUUAUGGCAACCUAGAGGGUAUGCAAGAUGAGAGCGCCGAACCGCUCACUUCCGUGUCAUUCCGAGAGGUAACAAUAUAAACGACAUCAACUAAGGCAGCGAUGUCAUUGGGCAGUACUUCCAGGGCGAUAUAGAUCUUUCGCCGGAACAAAAAAGAGAGAUCGUGGCGGAGUUAGAAGAGAAGGAAAGUUCCGAACGUAUCAGGCGUCAGGCGUUCAGCCCCAAACUUAAGGCGAAACUUUGGAAGGACGGAAUUGUGUACUACUCUUUCAACAAAAACAUCAGCAAGGAACUUCGUAACGUAUUUAAAAAAGCAGCCGAAUCAUGGACAAAAGAUAGUUGUGUUCAGAUCAUAAAGAAUCCUGAAGGUAAGUCCUAUGUUUCGGAGGAUCGUAUCUCAGUGCAAAGCUUGAAAGGAUGUUCGUCAGAGUUGGGCAGAAAAGGAGGCGUGCAGGGACUGUCCUUGGGACCGGGCUGUGAAUCGGUCGGAAUUGCUGCUCAUGAGCUAGGUCAUGCACUCGGGUUCUACCACACCCAGUCCAGGUACGAUCGCGACCAAUUCAUCGCGGUGGACAAGGAUAACAUCAAGAAAUGCAUGGCCGAUGAAUACAUCAAGCAGUCACCGGAUACAAACGAUAACUACAUAACUACGGCUUGA